AUGUCCCAGAACCCUUCGCCGCCCAGUUCCAUCACAUCCAAGUCGAGAGCGAGUGACGGCACCCUUUCCGAUCAGAGAAGCAAGAGAUACAAGAUGAUGGAGGACCUGCUGCUGAAGCACUACAACGUACUGAAACGAUAUUUGCAUGGACAGGGACGGGAGGAGCUUACAGCGUCACGACCAAACAAGGCCCGCGACAAGCUCCUCAGACUCUCCCCGAGUCAGGUCAUGGAUCUUAGUACAGACGUGUAUGACGAACUGCUCCGUCGCCAGGCCGUCUCUCCCAAUCGGCCUGGUGGCCCCCGACCAGAUGUACCCCCUUACCUUCCUCCACGUGCGGAAUUCCACGAAAAGCGCAACCAAGCCCGUCAGGUCCUUUCCUCUCUCCAACCUCCCAGAUUCAGAGACCUGGCUACAGACGUGCUGUGUGAGCUAGAACGGCGCUUCCCGCACUUCGCAGGCAUGGAUCGAAGUCGCAGAAUAAGUCCCGCACCCAGCCUGCGCGGCGGCUACGAUCCACGCCCGGGCUCCAAUGGGUCGUUUGGCUAUGGCCCAAAUGGCUACCCUCCGCCUCCUCGAUCCCAAUCCAGAGGUCCGUUGCCCAAUGGUCCCGGGCCCGGGUCUGGUCCUGGCGGAAGGGGCCUGCCACCGAAUCCCCACCAAGGCAGCCGAUUCCCUCCCCGACAAGGCUCGUUGAGUCAAUCUUCUACCGGCGCCGGCGGUGCUGUUGGGCCGGGUUUAGGGAUCAAUGGAGAGACUAUCCCUGAAAACGCACCUUUUCCAAAAUCAUUUCAGAGUAAUACGAUAGUGCCAAAUAAGAGUACUAUGGUAGAGGAGGAAGAGGAUGGUGAUGGUGAUGGUGAUGGCGAUGAGGAGGAGGAUGGGGCAAGUAGGUAUGAAGAUGAUAAUGAUCCCGAUCGACGGAGUGAUGCGUUUGCAUUGGAUAAAGUAUUACAGAGUCGGAGGACUACUACAACGGAUGGUGUGGGUGUUGGUGGGGGUGGGGUUGGGGGUGGAGGCUCGGAAAAGGAUAGGCUGAUGUUGAUGGAGGCACAAGGGCAAGUGUCUAAGUUGGAAAACCGAGUAGAUGAGUUGGAGGGCGAGCUGAAAGCGAAAAAUGAAGAGGCAGAUCUACUCAGGGCAAGAGCCGAGAGUGAUUCUAAAGCUUGGGAUACUGAGAGACGAGAGUGGGAAAAUAUGAAGGAAGAUUGGGACCGUGCAAGAGACGCCUGGGACAAGAUAAAGCUAGAUUUGGAAUUGAAGCUUUCGGAGGCGAUGGAUCUUAAUGCUUCCCUACAGGAUCAGUUGGAGGGCGAGCGGAAGGAAUAUGAAGCUUCAGAGCGCGAUCUACAGCAGCAAAUACAAGCUUUAGCUGCAGCGGCGGCUCAGAACACAGAUACAGUCGCAGGUAAUGGCAUGUGGAAGUCGCGUGCUGAAGAUAUGGAACGGGAGAAUCAGAAACUCAGAGAAGAGCUUCAAAAACAGCGAGAGGUGACCGAGCAGGUCCGAAAGGAGGCCUCCAACUUCCUACAGGAUAUGCGCACCCUCUCUGAACAGACUCAGGAGCAAUGGGAACGUGAAGAACGCCUCACUCGGGACUUCCAUCGGAUGGAGGAGGAGGUCAAGAUCUGGAAGAAUCGCUAUGCGAAGACGAAAUCGCAGUUGCGACAUCUACGAUCUUCAUCGAGUGGCUUGCCCGAUGCCUUGCCCGGUGUCAUGCAGGACGCCACAGUAGCAAGGGACAAUGAUCUAAGCCAUCCAGAUGGAUUAGUCAAGGAUGUGCACCUUACGAAAUUCCAGAUGUCGAUCGAUGAGCUACUACGCGCCGCACGAAUUUCGGAGCCAGCACAGGUUCUCGAGCAGAUGAAGGCCGUCGUCUUGGCCGUUCGCCAUAUCACCCAGGACAUCGAACAUGCGCAAGGGAUGGGGGGAGACGAGCACUCGCCCCUUCGCAGUCGAGCAAAAACCCGCGUCUCCGCAACAGCCAACAACCUCAUCACUGCUUCGAAAAACUUCGCAAGCUCCAACGGUAUAUCACCUGUCUCCUUACUCGACGCAGCCGCCUCCCACCUCUCCGCGGCCGUCGUCGAGCUCGUCCGCACCGUGAAAGUCCGGCCCACUCCUGCAGAUGAAUUUGGCGAAGAUGACUAUGCUGGAGAUAACCCAGGCUCCACGCAGUCGCCAUCAUACUUCAGCGUCCCUCCCAGUCUGAGCAGGAUGAGCGGGAAUGACUCUGUCUACAGUGCCAUCAGCUCGCCGCACUCGUUAUACCUCGAAGAUCAAACCGAAGGCGUCGUCCAAUCUAUCCAAGCCCUCGUCUCCUCGAUCCGCGCCGAGCCAGACGACAUGUCCGUCAUCAGCACGCACAUCAACGCCAUCUCCGACGUCGUCGGCAAAGUUAUCUCCGCCACAGAAUCUGCCAUGAUACGCCAGCAACACAAACACCAAAACCCAGACCCUAACAGUAUUCAUGAUAACGAUAACGAUAGAUAUAACAAUAACAAUCCUAAUAAUAAUCCUAAUAAUAACACCAUUACCCUCCGCGACCGUGCAGGCCCCAUCAUCCGUAUCCUCGCCGAUUGCCGCGACAGCCUCGCUGAGGUAGGCGAGGAGGGCAGCCGGGCUAUGAGUGCUAGUGAGAUGCGAGAGGUUACGGGGAAGUUGCCGCCGAUUGCGUUUCGGAUUGCGCGGGAGACGAAGGAGUUGGUUCAGCGGCUUGAUCAGAUGGAGAUUAUGGGGGUAGGCGUGCGUGAGGGUGGUGGUGGUGGACACGGUGGAAAUGGAGGGCCAGUUGGGGGUUCAGAUCCAGUCCCAGGUCCAGUGGGGAGGGUUGGGGUGGUGGAGGACCUUGACGAUGAUGAUGAUUUCCGAUGA